AUGAAGACCCAUCACAUUGCUUUGGGGGCAUUCCUUGUCAAUUGUUCCGUCGUUUUGUGGUACUCCAUUCAUCCUCGUGAUGUGCAGAACGGCGAAACGCCAACCUUGGGGGAGGCCACACAAGCCUUCUUUGACCGUGAACAAUGUUUCGACAUUGAUAAUCGAGAUCUCGAUGAGUGCCAAGUCGAAAAGUUUCCAACAAUGUUGCCUCCAGGCCUUCACCCCUACGCUCAGCAUCACGACACUGACGAGGAAGCAACAGCAGAAGAUAUGGGAGAAGACCCCAUGCUUGACCAAAUGCCAACGGCCGAUUUCAAAGCCUACAAGCGUCAAGACAUUUCUUCCAUGUAUCAAGAACUACCUGGAACUAGAAUCGAACGCACCCCCAAGUUCCAAGGACUCGCCGCCAAGAUGGUCAACAUGAGUCCUCAACGCUUGGACUUGACGUAUGACAAUGGAGAAGGACCUCCCGGAAGUAUUUUGGCACACGUUGGGCCAUUUGAAAGCGGAGGCACCUCAACAUAUCCCAAUCAUAUGUUUUACUUUGUGAAACCAAAGACCAGGGAAGUUGUUUGCUCCAUGAGGAUUCGCAAAGGAACCUCUGUCUACUACUGCGAUCCGUUCGUCGAUACAGACAAGGAGGAUCCUUCGGCUGGGGUUCUGUGGGGUCCUCCAAGAUCAAUGGAUACCCUGAUGGAACAGGAAAGAGAUCUUUACAACGCUGCUCUAUACAAUCGUGAAUUUGGAAGUCUCUACGAGGACUUUACCGGUUCACCAUGGUAUGGACAGUUUCCACAGGAACCGCCAAGACACCACAUGCAUCGAGCUGAAUACUUUGGUCAAGAGCAUACUGUUACAUCUGCUGAAUCUCACUUUACUAGCCUUCCACCAGAUGAUGAAUUGUACCAUGAGCUAUCGGUGCAAGAAAUGAUGCGAAACGAAACAUCUUCGAUUCCAUUCCAAGCAUACCGCCAAGAAGGCAAGUUGAACAUUACGAUCAAGGCAGUCUCAGUAGCGCCUCGAAUCUUUCAAAUUGAUGGCUUUUUGUCGGAGCUUGAAGUCGACCACAUUAUCGAAUUGGCCAAUCGAAAGACACUGCGUCGCUCCACAACUGGAAGUGGAGCUGAUACACAAGUCAGUUCUGUCCGAACCUCCGAGACGACAUGGCUCCCACGACACCACAGUCCAGUCAUGGAUGCCGUUAUCAAGCGGGCUGCUGACGUUCUUAAGAUUGACGAGGCAUUAAUGCGCUUCCGUCAACCUGGCGAACAUCCGGACUUGCCCAGCCGUAUCCCGAUCAACGAAGACCUUCAAAUCGUCCAUUACAACCAGAAGGCUGAGUACACUACCCAUACAGACCAUGGUUACCCGGAUACCCGACCAAACGCACCAUCUCGAUCCAUUAACCUCUGUAUCUACUUGAACGAAGGUAUGAAGGGAGGUGAGACAGCAUUUCCGAGAUGGCGAAAUGCUGAUACUGACGACGCCAUCAAGGCAGUUCCACAAAAAGGCAAGGCCAUGAUCUUUUACAUGAAGAACCCUGAUGGCAACCUGGACGACUUGAGCCAACAUGCAGCCAUGCCAGUCAUUGAAGGCGAAAAGUGGUUUGCCAAUUUGUGGACUUGGGAUCCAUUCCGCGAGUAG